AUGCCUUCCUUGAUGGAUCUCCCCCAGGAGAUCCGUGUCAUGAUCUUUGAAGAUGUACUCCAUGGCCAUCGCACCCCACCCAUAUAUCCAUCCAAAUUGAACAUGGUGGAUUUUCCGGACAUGCACUACAAAGCCAAUAUAGAACCUCUCAGGCCCUAUCAUGAACAACGUGAUACACAUAGCCCGUCCAACAGUCUCCCUCUCCUCUUGGCAAGUCGUCAAGUAUCGAUGGAAACUCAGUCGAUUCUCAAUCGAAUGAGAAAAACCACCUACGUCCUUGAUAUCUCAGUUCUAAAUGAUCUGGAUCUAUUUUCGACUUGGAUAUCAGUCCCACGGCUUACAACCCGUCUAUCUACGCUCCACGUAGACAUACGUCUUUUCGGACGCAUCAUCACCACCAAAGAGGCGUGUGAUCAAAUAGGCUGUGGUGGUCGCUACGGAUUUCAUUGGUCUUUUUACGCCCUCCUGGAACGAUUCUUACGGUAUGGACCAGUCGGCGCGAAGAAAGGCCGCACAAGCGACUACGGAAACCCCUCCUACAAGAACCGUCAUAUCUCGGUUGAAAAUCUCAUCCUCGACUUUCGCUCGGCUGAGACGGAGCUACCAUACCCCUCCCAUGAAAAGCGUCAUACCACUCUUGGAAAUCCCAUCCUUGACUUUCACGCGGCUGAAAGGGAGCGACUAAACCCCCCAGUGACGUGGGAUACAUCGACUGGGUGGAUAAGCACCAUGGCCUAG